AUGGUGUUGUUGUUGGACUUUGGAGUGUUUGAUGAUUUCAUAGCUUGGGUUAUUGAGCCCUCUUCUUCCCAUUUGUUCCCCACAUCGUCUCCGAUCUCAUCGCCGUUCUCUCGAGCUCGCUUGGUGCAGGUCGGGACUCGACCACUCCGGCGUCCGAUCCGCUCCGGCCGUGGAUCCCUUCCGUUUCGGCCGGCUCCCCACUUGCAUCAAGUGAAUUCGAGAGUCACAGGCGUUCCUAUCCCUCACCGCCGUCGAGAUCCAUCUCAGAUCUCAAACAUCGGCCUUAAACAAGGCAUGGAAGGACAACUGCAUGUUCUCAGUUUACUGGACAACAUUGGCAUUAAGAGGAUCAUGUCAUAAAUGUCUGCAGUGUAAUGAGUCAAGAACUGAUGUUGAAAGCCUAUUUCUACAUGAUCAUUAGAACUUGGUGGUGAAGAUCUUUUUUUUUUUUGGUUGCCCUCAAGUCUUUGUGUUGUAUGGAGCGUAUGCUUCUAUAUAUUAAACCACUUUAGCCUAAAACAGCAUUAGAGCUGUUUUACUGUUCAAGAAACAGUUCAGUUUAUGAACUUAUUAUCCAUAUCAUGUUGAACC